AUGCAGAAAUUCGGCUGUCCUGAGCGCUUCACCUACAUGGUGUAUUUGCUCCACGACGGGAUGAUGACGCGCGUCACUGCAAACAGAAGGGUAUCCGGAGCCUUUGCAGUGACCAACGGAGUGAAGCAGGACUGUGUCCUCGCGCCUAUCCCCUAUAGUUUCGUGUUUUUUGCCAUGCUGACGGACGCCUACCGUGACGAGCUUCCCGGGAUCCGCAUCGCCUACAGAAUUGACCAGCACAUCCUAAACAUCCUGCAUAAGAAUGCCUAA